AUGUGGCUCGUGCUCGCCGCCUCCAGCCUCACUCCGCCGCGCGCGUGGCGCCUACCGCCCAGCGCUUUGCGCGCGGGCUCCGCGGCCGUGUGCGAGGCGGACGGCGGCGGUGGCGGUGGCGAGCAGAACGCCCGCAGCAUUCCGCCUCCGCUUCCGGCAUCGACGGACCCGUUCGUGCUGCUCGGCCUCGACCACUCCUCCGCCGGCGACAUUGCGGCCAUCAAAAGCGCCUACCACCGGCUGACCAAGGCGCGCCUCCUCGUCACCGCCUCGACGCCCAGCCGGCUGCGACAGCGGAUCCACGACGACUUUUCGCGGGCUAUGGCGGUGCGGCGGGCCGAGCGGGCCGAGGGGCGGCACGAGGCUUUGCGCGCGGUGCAAGAUGCAGUGGCGGCGGAGGUGGCGGGGCUGCGGGCAGAGCUCGCCGCCGCCAAGGAGGAGGUGCGGCAGGCGGCGGAGGCGCGCGCGGCCCACGAGGCGUCUCGAACAGCGUUGCGCGAGGAGCACGCGGCGCUGCUGGCCGAGCACGCGGCGCAGGAGGAGGAGCUAAACCGGCCUUGGUACCAGCAGGACCCGCGGCCCGACCGGCGGAUCGGCCGGCGGCGAGGAGGCUGAGAACAAGGAAGGAGGGGGGGGAGUGGCCGCCGUCCACUUGCGUCGUCCGUGAAUGUAUGACUCUUCUUUAUUUCUGCCAGCGCGCAGCGGUGUAACGUGUAUCAACUUUCUAUCAUCUCCAGAGUCUAGUGACGUAGAUCGUACGGCUUUAGUGUGUGGCUGCUGGCUCGAUAUUACUUUGAUAGUGUGCUGUGCUAAGCCUGCUAAGG